AAAGCCUUUCCUAUCUCUUCAAGUUCUCAGCACAAACAGUUUUAACGUGCGUAUUUGACGUAUGUAAUGCUUUGAUAACUGUUCUACAGGAUGAGAUAAAGAUGCCUAAAACAUCGCAAGAAUGGAAAGCAAUAGCUUUAGAGUUUAAUAAAAAAUGGAACUUUCCCCACGGCUUGGGCGCCUUGGAUGGGAAACAUAUAGUUAUCCAGUCUCCUAUGAAUAGUUCAUCUGAAUUUUAUAAUUAUAAACACAAUUUUAGUAUAGUUUUAAUGGCCUUAGUAGAUGCUAAUUACUGCUUUACAUUUGCUGACAUCGGGUGCCAAGGACGAAUUGGUGACAGCGGUGUUUUCAGAAAUACGAUUUUAUUUAAGAAAUUAGACGCAGGAAACCUAAUGAUUCCCGAAGAUGAGCCACUGCCUAUGACAGAUAUACCCAUUCCAUAUGUAUUUGUUGCAGAUGAUGCGUUUGCAUUAGGACCUCAUUUAAUGAAACCAUUUGCAGGAAUUUAUGAAAAAGGCACCAAAGAAAUAAUUUUCAAUUAUCGUUUGUCGCGAGCUAGGCCAAUAGUUGAAAACGUUUUUGGGAUAAUGGAAGCGAUAUUUAGAGUUUUUGGAAAACCAAUGCAACUCGAGCCCGAAAAAGCUUAAAAAAUAGUUUUGACUUGUGUUUUGUUACAUAAUCUUUUAAGAAGAAGCAGAUCCUCUACACACGUAUAUACUCCACCAGGAACUUUUGAUACGGAAAGAGAUGGACAUACUGUUCCAGGAUCAUAGAGGCAAGACCAAAGGCUGGAUUCAUCUUUUUUGUCACUUAAAAAAAUACCAAGAAAAGCUGGCCGCCAAGCGCAAGACAUACGAAAUUCAUUUUCUGAUUAUUUUAUAAGUGUUGGAAAAAUAC